CGUUCCUCCCAUUUUUCCCAGUCAGGAUGCACAACUAAAAAGUGUGUCAGAAAAAAAAACGCACAACACCAAACAUCUGGCUCAGCUUUUUUUUCUCGGCAUUUUUCUUAUUAUUACCUGCUCAUCUUCAGAUUUCUUGCCCAGACACACUUUUUCUCUCCAUUUCCGACAUGGCAAACGCCGGAAUCCAACUUCUUGGCUUCUCGCUGGCUUUUCUGGGCUUGAUCGGCACCAUCGCGUCCACGGUUAUGGUGGAGUGGAAGGCUUCGUCCUACGCGGGAGACAACAUCAUCACGGCUCAGGCCCUCUACGAAGGUCUCUGGAAGUCGUGCGCGUCGCAGAGCACGGGUCAAGUUCAGUGUAAAGUCUACGAUUCGAUUCUGCAACUACCAGCCAUUGUUAUAGGCACGAGAGGACUGAUGUUGGCGGCCGUUUUGCUCUGCCUAAUUGCCGUCUUGGUGGCGAUGGUGGGUAUGAAGUGCACCACGUGCCUGGCGGACCAGCCGGAGCAAAAAGACAAAGUGGCGCUGACCAGCGGUAUCAUCAUGGUGAUAGCAGGCCUUCUGGCUCUGGUGGGGACAUCUUGGUACGGCCACAGAAUAGCCCAGGACUUUUACAACCCCUUCACGCCGACCAAUUCCAAGUACGAAUUUGGAAGCGCCCUCUUCGUGGGAUGGGGAGCCGCCGUCCUCAUGAUGAUCGGGGGAGGCUUCCUGUGCUGCAACUGCCCCAAGAAGAACUCGGGGGGAGCGCCGCGUUAUCCGCGAUCCAACGCGGCUAGCAACUCGGGCAAAGACUACGUGUAGAUGCCUUGCGAUUCUUCUUUAUAAUUUGUCGUGCAAAUGUACAGGAUUUUGGAUAUGCCGCCAUUUUAUGACACAAGUACUGGCGAAUUACAUCCAUUUUUCGAUUCUUCGCCGUCAUCAACGGCAAAUCAGUACUAAUGUUUCUUCAAUUAAGUCAACCGAGCGAGCUAGCUUUCAUGAUGACUAGAGGUGUGCGAAAUUUCCGAUUCUUAGAUUAUUCGCGAUUCAUGAUUGGGGCAGCUCACGAUUCAAUUACGAUUCAGAGGCUACGAUUCAAUUAUAAAUCAAUUAUUGAUGCCCACCCCAGCUAAUCAUCUCAGGAUUAAAUAAAUUACUAUUUGAGUAGCAAGUUAACAGUUCAAAACAGUAAAUAAAAUACUCAAGUCCCCAUUGUGUAUCAGCAGCUUUAAACUGGAUUCAACUCAUUUAAUGUUGUGAAUCAACUGUUAUAGUUGUUCAAAUUGCUCCCGAUAAUUUCCCUCUUGUCUACUUUUAACAUGUGAAAGUUUUAAAACAGUUUCAUCAUUUAAAGAUGGAUUCGAGUCACGAUAUUGCCAAUUUAGGAGUAUUUUAGAUAAGAAGUUCAUUAGGUUCGCUACAACAGCCUUCCAGAAAAGUGAACUGCUUUAGGAUGGCGGCUGUUUACCAACGUCGGCGAGUCUGUCAUUUCGCAUCUAGUCCUAUAUACAUGUGAUAUCCACCGUAGCAUUAUGUGGGCGUAGUUUGUAACAGCUGUCGGCCACAGUCAGGUAUUGUUUUUUGUUUAUCUUGUGGCAUGAGUUGUGCAUGAUGUUCACUCUCGGUCCGUUCCUGAUUGUGUCCCGAAGACCUCGCUGACUGCGUUUUAGUUCCGCUUUACUUGGCAUAUUUCAAUUAUCGGAAUUUGGAUGUUUGUGAAUCGUUCUCCAAUCUUCCACGGUCGAAUCGCGAAUAAUCUAAGAAUUGGAGAUUUCGCACAACUCUAAUUCGAGGGGUUGGGGAUGGUGCAUCAAUCAUCGAUUUAUAAUCGUAUUGUAGACUUGUAAUCGAAUCGUUACGUGCCCCAAGAUUCCCGCCUCUAAUAAUUAACUUUAUCUGUUAUGAUGGUAUUUUCACGAUUUGACCAUGACCUCUUUCACCGUCACUGACAUUGAUACAGUAGUCGUUCAGUUAUCCUCCUGCUGUGAACUGAAAUUUUGUUCAUGAGCUGCCAAGGCUCUACUUCGAUCUGACUGGAUGUCUAGCACCGUCAAAGGCAGCCAAAGAGUUCAAAAAUGGGUUCUUCCUCUGAUUUCGGCGCACCCUCCCUUCUUCCCAUCACUCGUAGACGUCCGAUCCAUUUGGAAUGGGAGGGGCCUCCCACUUCAAACGGAAUAGAUGUCUUUGGCCGCCAAAGGGUUUUAAAAGUCGUCAUGGAAGGGGAGGGGCAGCAUCCAGGGACAGGCAUACCGGAGUUCUUGUCUGAACACGCUUGUUGAGAACGAUCCCACCCAGAAAUAAAAAGUGAGUCAACCCCUCCCUCCAAAAGCAGCGUUUUCCUCUUACACCGCCGCCACCAAUCAAAAGACAGCAAACCUUAGCAUCUGAGGAGAUAUACAGGGUGUUCCAAAUGGCUGACCCCAUUCUAAAUGCCCAUAUCUCGGAAACUACUUGAUGGAUCUUAAUGAAACUAAAUACACUUCAUGUUGAAGCUCAUAAGUUUUAUUGGUUAAAUUUACAAAGAAAAGUACAAAUAUUUGUUGGUUCUGUGACAGAUUUUCAUAAAUGUUCAAUAUGAACGCCGCCUGUGACUCUGCGCACGUCGAGUCGGUAUUCGAGCUCGUGCCAAACUCGCUGCAGCAUGUCUUCGGUAACAGUUUCCAGUGCAGCUGUAAUUCUCUGUUUUGUUGUUUAGUUGGUGCCUGCUAUGCAAAAUUUGUGAAGAAGACACGCUGCACUGUCUUUGGUGAUUGAGUCCGAGCAUACCCUAACAUGCAAAAUGCCUUUUCUUUUGAAGCUAACGGCAUUUCUAAACCUGAAAAUGCUAAACGUUAGGAAAAAAAGAAAAAACUUGAAAUGUUUCUACACAAGCUGUGAAAACUUGAGGUCAUUCCAACGAAAAUUGUCAAAAUUAAUGGCCUACGAAACGGGGUCAAACAUUUUGGAACACCUAUACUGCAGAAAACACAGACAAGACUGAAAAAGCAGUUUCUGCUCUUGCACCUCUCUUUAAAAUAAACUGCUGCAAUUUAAGCCAAAAGAACUGUUAUGUUUGAUAGAACAAUAUGUCUAUAUGCUGCCAUAGCAGAUUCAUGGCACAUUAAGCCGCCAAACUAUUUUUAAUUUGUCUGUUUUACCCUGGAACCCCUCGUUUACAAACUUCACACCACCGUUUUUGUUUCAACCCAGCCAUAAAAAGAAGGUAAGCGAUUCUAUUUAUUAUUCGAAAUGUCUGUCAUUUUUAGCUUAGAAUCAUUAAUUGAUGUCUAAUAUUUAGUUUAAAAAAAAAAAAAAAACAACUUAAAAAAAUUAUUCACUCGCAUAUUUUAAACUUUUAAACAAAUGACGUCAUAAUGAAAAAAAAUGGUGACUGUGAAUAAGUCAUGGCUAUCGACCUCAUAACUCGCUUAAUUGAAUCUUUUUUUGUUACUGUUGCAUUUUCCCCGAUAUGUGAGAUGAUAAUCGAUCCCAACAUAGAAAAAAAAAAAGUUUAAAAGCGUAAAUAUAUGAAAAUCUUGACCACUCCUUGAUGUCUGUGGUUUCUGCAUGGCGACCCUUGUUGUAUGACCGUGUUUCAGCCAUAAAAUCCCCCCAAAAUCCUGCUGUGGCCAUUCACAGCUGUGUCUUGUCAUUCGAUGAUACGUGCUACAUGGAGUUUUUGGAUCGCAACAAAGUAAGUAUAUGAUGAUAUCUCGUUAAUACAUGGCGUCUUUAAUUAUGCUCUCUCAUGCUCGCGCCUCCAGUUAGGGUUUUGCUGUUAUUUAUUUUUUUAAACGCCCUUCUGUUAAAAAAAAAAAAUCUUCCCCCAGAAAAUUGAGAUUUUUAAGCUUUCCAGUGAUGUAUCACACAUGCAUAUACGACAUUUUUUUUUUUUUUUUAAUUUGGCCCAAUUGGGGAUCUCAGAGCGGAACUUCAAGUCACCUGAGUGUUUUCCGCCACAUAUAUGCUAGUAUGUAUGCGGCAGGUUUAGGAAUUGCAAAGCUUGUUCCAAAGCAGAGAGCGCCCCCUUCUGUCUGCUCUCCUGCCAUUGCAUAUUCCUUCACUUCCAUUCAUAAAUACCGUCGAGUAGGAAUUUGGAAUACGGACAUUCAAAGAAAUCAAUGUCAUUUGUUUUAUAAUUCAUCAUCAGACCCAUGCAUUUAUUUAACUGCAGCACAUUGAGUGAAUCUGUAUGUUUCACUUGUUAACUUGAACUUCUGUCAUUUAGUAGUUAAAAAGUAUGCACAGUAAAUAUACAGUUUAUGUGUGUGCGUGUAAUUAUUUCCAUUUUGAAAAUGGUAGUGACGGCUGAAAAAUGGAUUUAAAUGAAAU